AUGAUGCUCUCAGCAACGGUUGGCUAUCCGGUAUCACCCAACGGAGUUUAUCGCCUGUGUGAGCAACAACAAGCUGAACUGAUGGAGGCAAAUCACAAGUUCCGGGAAAAGUACAUGGAAAACGGUCAUGUGCCUCUGUUCUCCCGUCUCGACCUCUAUUGUCCCCCAGUUUAUUUGCCCGAUCGAAGCAGCUCAUCGCAUUCUUCACCCUUUUCCCCCUGUACGGAACCGCUCUUCCCCGAUCCAUUCGCGUUCCAAAGACCACAUCGGUCAGAAAGUUGGCAAGUUGCGGAUUAUCAGCAUCAUCGAUACACAAUGCAUGACUUUUCUCUCCUCCCCCCGGUACUCAACGGAUCACGAAGUCUUGGACCAGAUCUCGAAUCAGACGAAUAUAAAGCCAAAUUAGAAAAACAGAAGCGUCAGAAACGUUAUGGCGAUAGAAUUCGUGAAAUAGCCAUUCGGAGACGUUCAUCUUCGAACCGAACUGCCAGACUAGUGCCCAUAUAUGGUGAACACAACGAGAAUUUCCGCGACGACACGAUGGCCGAUAGCAAUCACGACUCCAUGGACCAGACAAAUAGAAUGCGCUCAAGGCCAGAGAAGCGCCGGUCUGAAAUAAAUAUUGUCAAGGGACCGUAUGAGGGCGAAUUUGUGUCUGCUACAACACUACUCUCGUCUCCCAAGCCUGUGAAAGUGAAAUCAGAGCCACACAAACUGCCAGAGCUCAAGCAGCGCAUCAAUCCAGAAGAAGACCGCAGAAAGGCAGCGGAGAAGCGUGAAGCUAAAUACGAUGACCAAAAUUCUUACACAAACGGUACGGAUGAAGAAUUUUACAAUACACGAGUGGAUCAGCUUCUCAAGCGUCACGAAGAAGACCGUAAACUUGCCCAAUCCAUUCAGCGUACACUCAAGAUUGAGCAAUGA